ACCGGUGUGUUUAUAAAGGCUAGCAGAGGCUAAACGUUCUGUUUACACUUUUACUACCUGAGGAAAUCAGACAAUUAUCGCGUUAAACACACUCGAUCAUGAAUAAACGUGAUGUUAUUAAUUUCUCAGCGCUGAGUAAGGAACUAAAUCGCGCUUUGAAUGCGGAUAAAACACGCGAGAGAGAAAACGAUGCUAAACUUCGAGCUAUUCAUCAAAACGUAGCCACUUACGAAGAGUUCCGGCAGAUCGUGAAGGCAUGUCACCUGAAGCCUUUAGACAAAAAGCACCAAAACACAAAACCGAAACAGCCCUGGAACCCGAUCAGUGGCGUAAACAGUGAGCUGAAUCACACCAGCACAGAAUCACUGCAGUCGGUGCUGUCUGAGUCAGAGCCUCGCAGCGAGUCGGAGUUCAGUCGAGACUGGCGAAGGUUCAAGGGCUGCUCCAUGGAGAAGUACGCUUUCCUGCUCAGGCUGGGUGGACAGAACCUGAGGGAACUGUUCCACACUGAGGUGGCCUUCGGGCUCCUGGGCGAGUUCCUGGUGGUCCUGAAUGAGUGUUUUGGGCCCGGGGACGAGGCGGCGGUGAUGGGAGUGCUGCAGGGGCUCUCAAUGACCGGUCGCUUCGCCCUCGGCGUGUCUCUGCUAAGUGAAGUCGAGCGAGGAGCGUGUGAGCGUCUGUUCCACAACCUGCUGGAGGCUCAUCCCAACCUCGCCGGUGUUCCCGAGACAGAGGAGGAACGAUCUGCAGUGUGUGAAUCACUUACCGAGGAAAACAUCAGGGAUUUGAUGGCAAAGUACAGAGUUUGUGGGAAUGUAGAACAGACCGCCGGUUUCCUAUAUGAAAAAAAUUAAAAAAUAAACAUUAAAAAAACAAAUUAAUUGUUUUUAUUUCCAAGAUUUAGUUUAAUGCUGUUUUUUUGUUCAGCUUUAUUUCGACUCAGAUAAAAAUGUGACACGUUAGAAUAUU